GCCGGCGUGAGUCACGGCGGGGCUAGCCUUUAUAACGGCCCCGAGGCUCGCGGGAGCCGCCGCGCCCGUCCGCCUGCCGCUCCGCGCUCCACCCAGCGCGCCCCGGCCCCGAGCCCCCAACCGCCUCCGGCGGCCGCCCAGUCCCAAGGGCGCCAUGAGAAGCCCGCGCUGCGCCCCACUCCUGCUCCUCCUGCUGCUGCCGCCGCUGCUGCUCACGCCCCGCGUCGGGGACGCCGCCGUGAUCACCGGGGCUUGUGACAAGGACUCCCAAUGUGGUGGAGGCAUGUGCUGUGCUGUCAGUAUCUGGGUUAAGAGCAUAAGGAUUUGCACACCUAUGGGCAAACUGGGAGACAGCUGCCAUCCACUGACUCGUAAAGUUCCAUUUGUUGGGCGGAGGAUGCAUCACACUUGCCCAUGUCUGCCAGGCUUGGCCUGUUUACGGACUUCAUUUAACCGAUUUAUUUGUUUAGCCCGAAAGUAAUCGCUUUAGAGUAGAAACCAAAUGUGAAUAGCCACAUCUUAUCUGUAAAGUCUUACUUGUGAUUGUGCCAAACAAAAAAUGUGCCAGAAAGAAAUGCUCUUGCUUCCUCAACUUUCCAAGUAACUUUUUUAUCUUUGAGUUUUAAAUGAUUUUUUUUUUUUUAAUCGGGAAUUUUACUUUUGGAUAGAAAUAUAAAGUGUAAGGCAUUGUGGAACUGGUUCUCAUUUCCCUGUUUGUGUUUUGGUUUGGUUUGGCUUUUUUCUUAAAUGUCAAAAACAUACCCAUUUUCACAAAAAUGAGGAAAAUAGGAAUUUGAUAUUUUGUUAGAGAAACUUUUUUUUUCCUCACCAUCCCAAGCCCCAUUUGUGCCCCGCCACACAUACACACACACAUACAUACAUACAUACAUACAUACAUACAUACAACUUUUGGUCCCUUGCCUCUUCCACCUCAAAGAAUUUCAAGGCCCUUACCUUACUUUAUUUUUCUCCAUUUCUCUUUCCUGCUCUUGCAUUUUAAAGUGGUAGGUUUAUCUCUUUGAGUUUGAUGGCAGAAUCGCUGAUGGGAAUCCAGCUUUUUGCCGGCUAUUUAAAUAGUGAAAAGAGUUUAUAUGUGAACUUGACACUCCAAACUCCUCUCAUGGCGUGGACGCUGGGAGUGCUGCCGGACCCUUCCUAAACCUGUCACUCAAGAGGACUUCGGCUCUGCUGUUGGGCUGGUGUGUGGACAGAAGGAAUGGAAAGCUAAAUUAAUUUAGUCCAGAUUUCUAGGUUUGGGUUUUUCUAAAAAUAAAAGAUUACGUUUACUUCUUUUUCUUUUUAUAAAGUUUUUUUUCUUAGUCUCCUACUUAGAGAUAUUCUAGAAAAUGUCACUUGAAGAGGAAGUAUUUAUUUUAAUCUGGCACAACACUGAUUACCAUUUUUCAAUCGGUAUUAAGUUGUAAUUUAAACGUUGUUUGUAACCGAAAGGUCGAUUGUAAUGGAUUGCCGUUUGUACCUAUAUCAAUAUUGCUGUGUAAAAAUUCUGUAUCAGAAUAAUGACAGUACUGUAUAUCAUUUUA